AUGGAGAGGAGGAGUUGCAAUAAUGCACAUUUCAUUAAUGCUAUAAAGGGUAGUUCAGUAAUGAAAAUCUUGAACAUAAAUUCUCGCAGCAAGCCAGAUCUUGUGUUCAAGAAACUAGAAGAUAUAUAUGAAAAUGGAGGCUUGACUCCUUGCGCACACAGUUCUCCCCAGUCUUCUUUUUGCCAUGUGACGGUCAAGACCGAGAGCCAAUAUCUACCCCUGGCAGUGAGGAAUUUGUGUGAUGUCGAGCAAGGCAACACUGAAGCUCAUCCUUGUGGCACUGACGGUGAAACAAGUAGCGACUCAGAUGACUAUAUUUUCGGGAAGAUGACGCUGAAAGAACUGAAGAAAAACUGCAAGACAAAGAAAAGAAAGUGCGUUGAUACUAAAUCUUUCAAUUCUUUACACAUUCAGAUAAAAUGGGAGCCUGAAGAAGAGGACUCUGAUCUCAGUGCUCCUCUUUUUACAUUGAGAUCGAAGGUUUCUAAGACUAAAAAGAAGGGAAAGACUGGUAGUACUUCUCCCAGACCUGAUGUCAAGUGCAAAUCUCAAGAUAUUGAGUCUGAAAGACCACUGCAAUCUCAGGCUGAUUUACUCUCAUCAGUUCGCGUCAAGACUGAAGUUGAAGAACCUGAGAUUAAAGAAUACCAGAACAUGAUUUGUUCUGCUGACAAUCCCUUCUCUGUGAUUCAGAAAGAUGAAUCAGGAGUUGCCGAAGUGAUUCCUAAAAGAAGCCAUCUCCAAGUUGAGUGCCAAAGUUUGGAACCAAAUUUAUGUGGCACGGACAACCAAAUACGUGCUCUUAAUGUUAUUUCUUUGGAUGAUCAAGUCAUGGUCGAGCCUCUCCCUGAAGUUGAAGAAUGCCAAAAUGUGAUAUAUUUUGCUGAAAGUUCAUUCUCUGUAAUUCAGAAAGAUGAAUCAGGUAUUGCUGAAGUGACGCCUAAAAGAAACCAUCUCCAAGUUGAGUGCCAAAGUUCGGAAUCAUAUCAGUUUGGCACAAACCUCCAAAGAUGUGCUGUUGAUGAAGUUUCUUUUGAUUGUCUGGAGAACGUGGAGUCUCUCACUGUGUCUUCACCCAGUGGCGAAGAUGAUGUGAAAGAUCAAGAGAAAUGGUGCCAACAGUUUCUACAUUCGCCUACUCUAGAAUGUGAAGAAGAGAACAUGCGGUCCAUUUCACCUGCCAAAGAUCAAAUCGCAGGCAGGAAUGACUUCUCCCGAAGUAGAGAUCCUUACAAGUUUUUGGGGCAUCAUACUACUGAUCCUGCUGUUGAAACAACCCAUAUAGUCGUAAAUGAUGGCAUCAGCAGAGAAGAAACUUCUGAUGCUGGUGCUUCCUUGCAUCCUCAAGAUCCUGUUAAUACUGGUGCAGAGUUUUCUUUCUUGGAAGAUGAAAAAUCCGAGGGGGUGCUAACAUUAGAAAGCGAACUAAUUGAUCAAGCAAAUGAAUUUUCAAAUAACGCAACUCAACUGGAUGCAAUGGAAUGUGAAUUGUCCUCCAGUGAGGAGACGGAGCCUUCAAUAUCUACAGGUGAAGAUGUCGAAACUACUGAAUGUGACCAGAGACUUUCUUUUGCUGAAAUAUCAUCAUCAUCAUCGUCGUGGUCGUCAGUGGCGGUGCAAGUACCGGAGAGACUACUUUCAACAAGAAAGGUUGUUUCUCCAACGUCAGAAGAAAGGCUUUGCCUAGCUAUGAAUUCUUCCAAAUCUUAUUCUGAUUUGAAGCUUCUGGAUUGCAAAGAAGACAUAUGCAAUGAGGACCACACAAAGGUCCCAUCUUUGUGCGAGAAAUCUGAUAAGCUUGAUAAUGUAUCUAAGAUCCCGCAAGUAUCUGUUGCUGUCAAUAAGUUGAAGGUCGUUCUAUGCCCACCGCAGAUCCGUAAGAAAGCAAAACAUGGGAGAACUUCUCCACCAAAAGGAAAUCUGGAAGGUCCUCGUAUGACUCGUGCCCUACCUGGUGUUAACACCGGAUCUACAUCUAUUCAGGGUUGUUCAGAAAGUGCAAUCGCAUUUUCACAGAGGCAGAUGCAGGACAUUGAGGCUCUUGCAAUGAAGCUUAUGGACGAGUUGAAGUCCAUGAAGGAUAUUGUUGAAGAGAAAUUGCUCUUUGAAUCAUACCGCAACCCCUCCUCAAAACACGAUGCAGAAGAGGUAAAAAAUGCCAUCACAAAUGCAUCAAAAACUGAAGAGAUGGCCAAAAAGUGGUUAUCCAUGAUGGGAAGGGACUGCAACCGUUUUUGCAAGAUCAUGAGUUUGAAUCAGAAAGGUGAUACCAGUGCUGCUGCCUGUAAAACAAUUCAGCGAGAUAGGAAGAAGAUUACUUUUGCUGAUGAGACUGGUGGAAUGCUUUGUCAUGUCAAGUUUUUUGAGAAAGGCGUGACUUCGUUACAGCCUAAACAGUGA